AGCGGGCAAUCAAUAAUUGACCCAGGCUUGGAAAGUGGGACCAACCAACGCAGUUUUACCCAAAAUUUUCUACGAAGGCAUUGAUCAUAGCCACUGAACGACAAAAAAUAUUCAAGUUAGUGGACGUAUUUCCAGCCGUAGCUUGAUAGGCUUUUGCAAUCAUGUCCCUUCCACCCCCGCUAAUUUAAAUCCCCACCUUUCAUAAAUCUCCACCCUUACCCGAAACCUCCAAAAAUAAAAUAAAAGCUCUGCAUCCAUCAAAGGUAUAGGAUAGCCGACGGCAAUCUAACAUCAAGGAAAGAGAUUAAGGAUGGGGGCAACAAUAGCUGACAAAGAUCGAGCGAUAAUCUUUACUUACGGUACGCUGAAACGAGGAUUCUCCAACCACGGGCUGAUUCACGAUAUGAUCCUAGCCGGCGAUGCUGCCUUCCUCGGCAACGGCCAUACCGCCGAUCGAUUCCCCCUCGUAUGCGGUCCUUACGGCGUCCCCUUCCUCAUCAAUAUUCCCGGCUCUGGCGAGCGCGUCAGCGGCGAGCUCUACGCCGUCUCCCGCCGUGCGGUCUCUCGCCUGGACGAGCUCGAGGGCAUCUCCCAUGGUCACUACGAGAGACUCCCCAUCAUUGUUCAUCUCCUGACCGGCGGCGAGGGGGAGGAGGAAACGGGGUUGGUCGUGGAGGCGGAAGCUUACUUCGCGCAUCGGAGCUUUGGCGAGGAGAUGUGGAAGAGGAAUGGGGAGAAGGGAUUCUGCGCUUAUAGUUCCGAUGAGGCGAUUGGGUACGUUAAGCGGAAGGAUAGGCCGCAGGACAUCACAUUCCUUGAUCAGAUUCGGAUCUUCGUCUCUUCAGCAAUGGAUUAGUUAAUUGGGAAAUGGGAUUUGUCACUGAUCGCCUUCGCAUUUCCGACUUGGUGGGUAAUUCGCUAUUGCUCAAUCUGUGCUCAACAAUCUCUGUAUGGUUCGAGAAAUUAUUUUGUGUGAAGGCCGGGCGUAGCUCUAUGUCCGAAGAUGAAUCAGGUGCAGCCACGUCAGUGGAAACGAGCGGCAUCAAGCAAUGCCGAACCACGGUACACAACAAAGGGAUGACGUGACGCAUUCUAAUUUGUCUCCGGACGAAGUUCGGCAUCUACGUACGUAGAAUAAUUAAUCAUGUGGUUCAAACUCAAAAGAUAGAAAUAUUUAAAUUAAGGCCUUUUGAUA